UGCGGUGUCUUGGUAGUUUAAGUUUAACCACCGCACGGUUUAGUUAAGUUUUUACACUGAAAAGUUGGAACCGUGGCUCAUUAAUUGGCAACGAUUUUGGACUGAUUUUGAUAUAUAAAAAUAUUUAAUAUUUUUACUGUGUUAAAGGAUAUUUAAAAAUUAUUUUAAAAUACAAUUAUUUUAUUAUAACAAAAUGAGGCAGUUCGUUAUUUGUGCCAUCGCAGCACUCAGCAUAGUGUCAAUAAAUGCUUUUGACUGUCCAAAACCAGAUGGUCAAUUCGAAGAUGAAAUCCAAUGUGACAAAUACUAUCAUUGUGAUGAUGGUGUAGCGAAAACAAAGCUAUGUCCGGAUGGCUUAGUAUUUGAUCCCUUAAACAGACACGUCAAUAAAUGCGAUCAACCCUUCAAUGUAGAUUGUGGAGAUCGUACCGAAUUGCAACCACCAAAAUCCACCAAAUUCUGCCCACGUAAAAAUGGUUUCUUCGCACAUCCUGACACAGCCGUCUGUAAUAUAUUCUACAAUUGCAUUGAUGGUGAUGCUUUGGAAAUGAAAUGUACUGUAGGUCUUCAUUUCGAUGAAUAUAGUGGAACUUGCGUAUGGCCAGAUACAGCCAAACGUGAGGGCUGUGAUGCACCACAGAAAAAAUCAGAGAGCGGUUUCUCUUGCCCUAAGGAUAAACCAAAAACCGAUGUACACGGUCAAGUCGUAACACAUUCCAAAUACCCACAUCCUACUGAUUGCCAAAAGUUCUAUGUCUGCUUAAAUAAUGAGGAUCCACGUGAUUUGGGUUGCCAACUUGGUGAAGUUUAUAAUGACGAAUCAGAAAUGUGUGAUGCACCAGAAAAUGUAGCUGGCUGUGAGGACUGGUACAAGGAUGCUGAUGAUAAAAAGCCAUAAGCACGUUUAGUACAUCAUAGUCACUACCUACAUUAGGACAUAUCAGUAGUAAUAAUAAUUUGUUAUAUUAUUUUGAUUAUUCUGUUCAUACAUUAAGUGCUGAAAUCAGUUUAUCAUUAUGGUUUUCACCAUGUUCUAGAACAUUUGAACUUACUAUAAUAUUAUAUACAUUUAAUUUCUUAA